AUGUCGAAGAAAAUACAAUACAGAGACAUAUCCGACGGAUUAAAGAAAUUGCGGGACAUUUUACUUGGCAGGAAAUAUAAUUUACACAAUCGUUUCCCGCCUUUCCUUGCGCCUAGAACUAUUCCACCCGCCGAAAUACCCAGAUGUCCAGAUUAUAAAUAUUCUGAUCAAUAUUAUUAUGAGAGGAAUGCGUUUGAUUCCGUUAAACCGCCUAUAGUAGCCCCCGUGGCAGAAGGACCACCUAUCAGUCAUGACCCUACUAAAAAAGGAUCUGCUUUGAAACCGGACGAUAUUUGUUUCAACCAUCCGCCGACGCCAGGACAGUCCUGGUGGUGGGAUGGGCACUGCUAUUACGAGUACGUUGACGAUCCUCCACCGAAGCCAGUUGUAGCUAAACCUAAAACUGACCGUCAUUGUCCACAAUGCCCUCCCUCGUCAUCACCUCCGAAGAAAUAG